GGGCGCGCUGCCCAGCCGCGCCGCUGUCCCCGCCGUGCGCCCGUCGUGCCGUCGGAGCUGCGCUCGCAGCCUCUAGUGGCCUGUCUCCGCUUCGAGCAUCCUGCGUCGGGCUGUCGCCGGCCAGCGGCUCUCGAGCGCGGGAGAGGGAGGACCGGGGCAGGCUCAGUCCAGCCCGGGGCGCGGGCGCAGCCAGUGAGGGGCGAGGCUCAGGGACGCGGCGGUCGCUAUGAUGGUGGCUACGUGCCUGCAGAUAGUGGGCUUCGUCACGAGCUUCGUGGGUUGGAUCGGCAUCAUCGUCACCACGUCCACCAAUGACUGGGUGGUGACCUGCGGCUACACCAUCCCCACCUGCCGCAAGCUGGACGAACUGGGCUCCAAGGGGCUGUGGGCCGACUGCGUCAUGGCCACGGGGCUGUACCACUGCAAGCCCCUGGUGGACAUCCUCAUCUUGCCGGGCUAUGUGCAGGCUUGCCGAGCCCUGAUGAUUGCAGCCUCGGUCCUCGGUCUGCCGGCCAUUCUCCUGCUGCUGACAGUUCUCCCCUGCAUCCGAAUGGGCCACGAGCCUGGUGUGGCCAAGUACCGGCGGGCCCAGCUGGCUGGCGUGAUGCUCAUUCUGCUGGCUCUCUGCGCCAUGGUCGCCACCAUCUGGUUCCCUGUGUGUGCCCACCGUGAGACCACCAUCGUGAGCUUUGGCUACUCCCUGUACGCGGGCUGGAUUGGUUCUGUGCUGUGCCUCGUGGGGGGCUGUGUCAUCGUCUGCUGUGCCGGAGAUGCUCAGGCGUUUGGUGAAAACCGUUUCUACUACUCUUCGGGCUCCAGCUCCCCGACUCACGCCAAGAGUGCCCAUGUAUGAGAGAGCUGUCAGCCUGCCCACAGAGGUGCUGUCGAUGCUGGGCCCGUGCCCCGAGGUUUGCUCGCCCCAGGGAGGGGGAUGUCCACUCCUCUGCCAGGCUCCGAAGCCAAAGGUCUCAAAAAGCAUCGGUCUGGCAUUUUGUAGUCUUAACACCACCUUUUUUGUUGCCUUAAAAGAAAUCUUCCGCUCAGAUAAUGCCCACACAUUUUUCUCAUGGUUCUGCCCCGUUACCUCUUUUCUUGGACGUUCUUUUUUUUUUCCCCACUAAAGUAUAUAUUAUUUGUUUUCUUGUUUUUCUCUCUUUAAAUUUUAAAUGUCUUGCAAAUAUUGCUGAGUUAGGUGUGGGGGAGAGAAAUAAAAGACACUUUUCAGACUGUUACAGAUGACAAUGGGAGCCUCAUAAAGAUGCCUCUCUAUUCCCUUCUCUCCUCUUCAGCUCCAAGGUCAUUUAGUUAUGAGCGAUAGAAACAGAUAGAACUGGGCACAUAGGGUGGGGGAGGGAGGGGAAUUGGGGAACUUUGUCUCCAUGGGAAAGUUUCCCUUUUGUAGGUUGAGGGCAAAGGGUGGGGAUAUUUUUUAGUUUCUGAUUUUAAAUUUAUCUGUACAUACUUUUUCAAGAUUGGUCAUUUUUAUAACCAUGGUUUUCCUGAAAUUCUCAAUUCAUCAGUAUGAAGGAAAUGAACCAAAUAAACUUUAAUUAUAUGGUAAAUAACAAUAUAAGUGAGUAUAACUCUGACAUUCCACAAAACAUUUUUGAUUUGCAGGUUUGUGUGAUGUAGUUUUUAAUCCUACACUUGCAUGUGCUUCAACUUAACACAUUUUUAAGGCUUUUCCCCCUUUCUCUCUCUUUCCAUUCUGUUAGCCAUCUUGAAGUGAUAUUGUUCAACAUAAAUUGUACUGUUGAAUUUGGCUUUACGGGUGUAAACACUGAUGGUCUAUCAGUAUCUGAGACCCCAAACCCUCCAAACAUUGAUGGUGCCUUUUGUUCUUUAAGUGAAAUCUGUGCAAUAAAAUAACCUGCUGUCUGCAAAA